AUGGGAAACGGAAAAGAAGACCUGUUUAAUUCAAAGGCAUCUAGCUCAAAUCCCCCACCCGCGGACAUACCAUCCACGUGUCCAAACAUCCCAAAUAACAUGCAUUGUUACUAUGGACCAACGCCUGCGUGGUCACCGGCUUUUUUAUCAUAUCCUAGUGCCAACCUAUAUCCAAGCAACCUACAGAAUGGUAGUUACCCAUUUCAACAUGGCAUGGAAGACCCGGUAUCUCGCAUUAGUACAAGCUCCAUUACAAGCAAAUUCCAAGGUAUAGAGGAUAAUAGACCUGAUGGUUUGGAAACCGAAUCGCCAUGUACAUCCUCUAGAGUUGAUGAAUGUGUUGCGGAUAGACCAGAUGCACAGGAUAAUAGACCCGAUGGUGGGGAAACUGAAACCCCCAUAUGCAGUGCAGAAGCAUCUGAGAAAGUGCAAAUGGAUGGUGAUGAUGUGCCAAAGUCCAAGAUGGAGUUUAAUUCGUUAGAAGAUUUAAUGAGUUAUUACAAGGAAUAUGGUAAGAAAUGCGAGUUUGGGGUGAUGACAAAAAGGAGUGAGAGGGGAGAGGAUGGGACUGUUAGAUAUGUCACACUUGCCUGUGCCCGUGGUGGGAAAGCUCGGAAUAGGAUUGUGAAUGUUGCCAACCCUCGUCCGACGGGAAAGACAGAAUGUAAGGCAAAGAUUAAUGCCUCAAAAACUGCUGAUGGAAAGUUUCGGCUGAAUACAGUUCACAAUAUCCAUAAUCACAACCUGAGCCCCAAGAAAUCGCGCUUCUUUCGCUGUAAUAGAGAAGUAAGUGAAUCAGUAAAAAGAGUUCUUGAUACAAAUGAUAUGGCUGGGAUCCGUAUGAAUAAGAGUUUCGGAUCGCUUGUUGUUGGUGCGGGUGGAUUUGAGAACCUCCCAUUUUUGGAAAAGGAUUGCCGUAACUACAUCGACAAGGCACGACAUCUACGACUGGGCGCAGGUGGUGCUAGGGCGCUCCAAGACUACUUUUUACGAAUGCAGUACAAAAAUCCGGGGUUCUUUGCAUUAAUGGACCUGGAUGAUGAUGGUAGGUUAAAGAAUGUAUUUUGGGCAGACCCCCGUAGUCGAGCUGCGUACCAAUAUUUCGGUGAUGUGGUCACAUUCGACACCACAUACCUGACGAACCGAUAUGGGAUGCCCUUUGCACCAUUUGUUGGUGUAAACCACCAUGGGCAAUCAAUUUUGUUGGGAGCUGGCUUGAUUUCCUCAGAGGAUACUGAGACGUUCGUGUGA